AUGGUGGAAUGUGAUGCACAUAAUCAUGUUCUUGCACAACAUAUGGAGGGUCAUGCAUAUGCAAUGCGGCUAAAUGAAACUGAAGYUCAACUAGUURAARAUCUAUCAGCCCAACAUGUCAAGCCACGACACAUUUUAUCCACGUUAAAGGGUAGACAUACGGGAAAUGCAUCUACGUCAAAAACAAUAUACAAUGAACAACAAAAGAUUAAGACAACAAACGAUGCAAGAAGACCACAAAUGCAGGUUGUUGUUGAUUUUUUUGUUAACAAAAAUUAUGAUUUUGAGACUCGUGUUAAUGACGAAACAAACGAGUUGGAAGAUUUAUUCUUCAUUCAUCCAAGAUCAUUUGAGCUUUGGCGUGCAUUCCCACAAGUGUACGACAUGCCUCUUCUUGAGAUAGUUGGUGUAACAUCGACUAACCUGACAUUUUGCAUAGCAUUUGAGGCAUCAAGAAUCAACGAGGCAUAG